AUGCUAUUCACUAACAUCCAACUUGACAACUUUUCGCCAACCCUCGCUUGCUUCAUCAAGCACAUUGAAAUUGAGGGAGCCGAGGAACACAAGUGGAUUAUGAUGGCAGGCACAGGCAGUCCAGCUGUAAAAGUUGCCAAGAAGUGUCAAGUUGCGCCCACAUUCCGCGAUGAAGACAGCGAAGAGAAAUGGAUGGACAUGGAUGACGAAGGCGCCUCACAAGCAUCUCCAGCUCUAUUGGACGCAAACAUGCCUGCAGAGUUUCUGGUAUCAUUCAAACUGGCAUUGGAACUUGCAUUUUCGAUGCUCUCAUUCGUUCUCUGCAAUCCAAUGCAGAAGGCCUCACCUUUUGCUUGUUCUACUCUCAAUCCUUAUAUCUUGGUCAUGCUCACCUUCUUGGCUACCAUCACAAAACAUGCAGAGACACUUUCUGGAUUGGUCAUCCCAACUGCUGGCCGUGAGCGGUGGUCAAUGCUGACGAGUGAUUGUGCCCCACCUCUCUCCGAAGACUGGUGCCUUAGUGGGAUGGAGUGGAUCGGUCGAAAAGUCUUUGAGCAUGGAUACUGGAAGAGUGGAGAGGAGAGACAGAUGUCAAUGGAGGUGGAGAUCCUGGAUGUGGAAGAAGGCGGUCAACUCACCAAUGGGAUUAUCAAAGAUGAAGAUGAUGAAGAUGAUAAAGAGGAUGGCCACUCCCAUGUCAAUGGGGAGAACUUGCGUGGGGAGACAAGCAAGAGAUGGAACCAUCUUGUGUGCUGUCACAGACAGGAAGUAUGUGGGUUGAAAUGGGCAAGAGAUGGCGGGCCAUUGGCAAGUGGGGGGAACAACAACAAAGAUCAGGGAGUGUGGAGGGCACAGGAGGGAGCAGAAGUGGAGACGUGCCACUCUGGAAAUUCCACCAACACACAGCAGCAGCUCUGGUUGUGGUUCACUGCUGUUGAUACAGACCGAUCGGGUGCGAUCACUGCUGUCGAGCUUGAGAGAGCAUUGAUCAAUGGGGACUGGACUCCAUUUGAUUUGGACACUGAAGCUCCUUAUGAGCAUGAUGUUGAUCAUGACGACUCUGUGGACAUCGAUGUCGAUGAUGAAGAUGCUGAGUCUAAGGAAACAUCAGAACAGGGUGAAGAGGACGAAAAUGAUCAUGAGGAAGUCAAGGAUCUCAAGGCACGCCAGAGGUACUUGCGAUCACUUCUUGUUUCAGUUCCGGUUAUCAUGGAGCUUGACAGCCUAUCCUUGAAUCCAUCUCAGCUUGGUGAAGCUGCUCAAGAGGCCAUUGCCUACAUAACCUCGCACAUCUGCUCACACCCAGAUGUCACUGAGUCCAUGAUCUGGCAAGAUGAGUAUGGGGUGGACUGCUCUGCACUAUUAAAGAAUAUGCCACCUGUGCAAGAUGAUGCCAAUGCCAUCAAGGUGGUGUUACUGCCUCUAGAUCAUCUCUUCCAUUUGAAAGCCCAUUCACACCAACUUGCAGCAGCUGGCAAGAAAGAUCUUGCUGCUAUACUUGCAUCUGGAACAUAA